AUGGCAAACUCCCAAGUCCCCAAUCUUAAUUUCGGUGGUCCAAUAAUCUUCUUCGAUUCCAACCCCGAAAUGCAAGAAUCCUUCCUCGGAUCCUACUGGACCACGCUCAAAGAAACACUCAAGACCUCCUGGACAGGCGAGGUACGCAAAUUCCACAACCCGGGAACGCUACGCAUCCUCUUCUGGACGGACGAAGGCAAAGAAUGCAUCAAAGACUACGAGCUUCACGAAUACCAACUGGUGCGACAAGCGUGGGAAUCCCUAUUUCAUCUGCCGGAUGUGCGGCGCGCGAUUGUUAUGGGGUAUAGUGGGCAGAAUCCCUAUGUGCAGGAAUUUGGGGAGAGGAAUCCUUGGGGGGAGAAAAUUGAUCGUGAGAAGAGGAGGCAGGUGGUGGGGAAGCAGAGACAGGGGGAGAGUAAGGAGGGGAGGUCCGGUAGGGAGAUUGAUAUUGGGGAGGUGAUUGAUAGGACGGAGGAGGCGGAGGUGAAGAAGUUGGCGGAGGCUAGUGGGAAGGUGAAGAUGAAGUUUGAGGAGGUGUAG